AGUACAUGAACAUGGCGGCUCAUCAAACUUGAGAGGUAGACAAAGGUGUGAAAAGAUGGGAAAAUCUACCCAAAAAGAUCCCUUUCUCACCAUGACAAACAAACAAUGCCAGGUUAUAUGUCGUUAUGUUAUAGUUUAAUCGUUCCGUAUUUCAUAUACUAUAUUCUUAUGGCUAAUUUAAGGGUAGUGCUGUUCGACCAAAACAUCGAAUAUUUGCAUGUUGGAACCUACCCCAAGACACCAACAACAUUGGUGUUUAUUGUAGAGGAGUCGAGAGGAGACAAAUGCACGGCAUUGUCUAAUGCCUAGUGCAUUAUCCUCGGUGCCAGGUUCGAUGGCAUCACAUCAUGAUAAAAAGUUAAAUAGAAGAUCGAUCGAAAACGGUUCUGGUCUCUGGACUGCCGUAUUCGACUACGAAGCAAAACGAGAAGAUGAGUUGACACUCCGAAGAGGGAUUACGGUUGAAGUGUUAUCAACCGAUAAACACAUCUCCGGAGAUGAAGGAUGGUGGACUGGCAGGGUUGACGACCAUGUCGGAAUAUUCCCUAGUAAUUUUGUCACCAACAACUAUCGUAUUGAACAUACUAUCCCACCUGAUAUUGCAAUCGAUUUCAAUGAAUUACAACUGGAGGAAGUUAUCGGAGUUGGGGGAUUUGGAAAAGUUUACAGGGGUGUCUGGAAAGGGGAGACAGUUGCUGUGAAAGCAGCACGUCAAGACCCAGAUGAACCCAUAAGUGCAACAGUUGAAAGUGUCCGUCAGGAAGCUACUGUGUUUUGGUUUUUAGAUCACGCCAAUAUAGCAGCUUUAAAAGGAGUAUGUCUGAAAGAACCAAAUUUAUGUUUAGUAAUGGAAUUUGCGGAGGGAGGAUCACUGAACAGGGUGCUAAAUGGACGAAGGAUACCUCCCGAUAUUCUUGUGGAUUGGGCUGUACAAAUUGCAAAAGGGAUGCAUUAUCUGCAUGAAGAAUCUCCUAUUCCUUUAAUACACCGUGACCUCAAAUCUAGCAAUA